UUUGUUGAACCCGGAACCAGCAAAUCAACUGGCGCGCUCGCCGUUUUUAUUUUUGAAAGUACGAGUGUCUUACGAUAACGGGCGUAGAUUUGCCCCGAAACUCUGGGUACGUUUACCUUCAAGUCGCGCCGGAGAAGUACGACUGUACGGUACUCGUGUGGCGUGGCAAACAAACAGAUCAAAUCAAAGGCAUAAAAAACAGAAACAACCGGCGUCAUAUUCUUUUGAAAUUUGAUGAGCGAGCAUAAGUCGAGGUGUUGUUAACCUUUAGGGUACAACCUGAACCAGGCCGAGAUCAACGCCACGGCCGGUAAGACAUCAACCAUUAAUCAGCAUUCACAACCUGCAUGGCAUAGGUUUAACCUCUUGAUAUAUUCAUCUACUACAUCCAAGAAAAUGCCUCCCAAAGGUCGCAAGAGAGCUUACAAACUUCCUGAGACUCUUCCAGAGGGUGAGGUCUUGAGAGAUAUACGAAAAAAAGAAUGGAAACUUGGAAAACCCAUUGGACAAGGAGGAUUUGGAAUGAUUUACAGAGCUUCUGAGAAUACUCCUGGUAAAUCCAAAGGUGAUGGAACCUUUGUAAUUAAGAUUGAACCCCAUGAGAAUGGACCCCUUUACACAGAACUCCAUUUCUAUCAGAGAGCUGCUCAAGCAGAGGAAGUCACAAAGUGGCAGAAGCAACAGAAACUAUCUCACCUAGGUGUGCCUAAGCUUUGUGGAUUUGGAAGCCAUGACUGUCAAGGAAUCAAAUACAGAUUCCUAGUGAUGCCUUUGUUUGGUGAAGAUAUAUGGAAGAAAUAUCUGGCAUGCAACAAGAAAUUUACACCAGGAAUAGUCUUUGCUUUAACAAUUCAAGUCCUGGAUGCCUUAGAAUACCUCCAUGAAAAGGAUUAUGUUCAUGCUGAUAUCAAGAGUGCCAAUCUGCUACUAGGUUACUCACAAAAGGAUAAGAAUAAGGUGUUCCUUGCUGACUAUGGUUUGGUGAACAGAUACAGGCCUGAUGGUAAACAUAGAGAGUACAAAGAAUUUCCCAAGAAAGGACACAAUGGCACUCCAGAAUUCACAAGCAUUGAUGCUCACCUAGGAGUCUCUCCAUCACGUCGUGGUGACAUACAGAUCCUUGGCUAUGUAAUGCUUCAAUGGCUAUGUACAACGUUACCGUGGGAAAACAAACUCACAGAUCUAGACUACGUUAUGAAACAAAAAAUCAAAUAUUCAAAGGAUGUUCCAGGACUACUCAAGGCUUGUUUCACUUCUUCAUAUCCAAGUGAACUCAAGACUUUCCUGACCUAUGCCUUUCAGAUGGGAUAUGAUGAGAAACCUGAUUACAAUAAACUAAGAACACUAUGUAGAACUGUCAUCAAGCGUGAAGGAAUUAAAGAAGGAUCUGUCUUUGACUUUGGCUCUCAAUCAUCUGAUGUUCCUACUGGAUCACCGGUGAUAUCCAAGAAGAGAAAAGCCUCCUCUAAGGAAAGAGAACCUUCUCAGGGGCGUAAGAUGUCAAAGGAUGAUGAACCAGGCCCAUCAGGAGCUGCCUCUAGAGCCCCUCCUAAGAAAAGAAGUACAUCAGCUAAAGAAUCAGAAAAGUCUCCAGCUCAGUCACCGCUCAAAAAGUCGCACCGUGUUACUUCACCCGCAGCACGAAAAAAAACUCCAGCAGCUAAGAAAGCAGACCAAAAUGGUGUAUCCACUCCAAGCAGGAGAGUAAGGAAGAUAAAGACCAAGCCAGGUAAGAUGGUAGCUUCAAGUACACAAACAACUCCAGGACUUGAGAAAAGGGCAGCUAGAAGGUGAAACCAAUCCACACACUACACUCAUAUAUAAUGUGCCUAAACAAAUGAUGUGCCCAUCUCUGCAUUUAGGAUUUUAAUCCAAUCUGAUCCAGAAGAUAUUUGAUAGAACGUCUUUUCUAUGCAUUGACACUAAGGCUUACUCCCAUCUCCUGUUGAUUUGGGAGGAUUAAAAUGAAAAGACACUGAAUUGGAUUCCUGUUAAGAGGUACCCAAGAUAAGUUACCAUGUACAUAAAUAAAUAGGCCUACAGUGGCCUGAAAUGGUGAGUUUGUAGAUGUAGACAACAAAGAAUGUUUCACUGGAUAAAUAAAUAAAGUUGCUCGAUUAAAUUAGUCUUAAUACAAAUUAAGGGCAUACUUUUUAGACUUAUAAUGAAACCAGAUAUUAAAACCGUCCUGAUAACACAAAGUUAAACUGAUUAUUCAUCAUUAUAUUUAUUUGUUUUUAUUCAACUUGAUGGUGUCCAAACCUACUUUAGUGAUCUAAUGUCUAUAGAAGCUGUAUUAUUGUUUUUUAACUUAAUGCCAUCACAUAUUGGCGAAUUUGCUGAAUAAACAGGUCAAUAUAUAUCACCUGCCUAUAAUGGACAAUCAACUUUUUCCCCCUAGAAUAAUCUCAUUAUAAAGGUUUCAUUAAAGAAA